AUGGGUGGCGCAGUAAGUCGUGCAACACGAUUUUUACGUAUGUAUAAUAUUGAUAAUCGAGUUGACAGAGUUCUUUCAAAAGAAAAACCAACUGCCGCUCCACGAUAUCCAGCAGAUUUACAAUCAACUAAUGCUGAAAAAAACAUUGCACCUGAAACAAUACAUCAAAAAGAUCAACAACUAUUAAAAUAUUUACGUGAUGUUAAAGUUUAUUCGACUGGUGACAAUCCAGUAAUACAUCGAUUAGAUGAUACAAGUAGUCAUCCAACAAUUCCUCCGUUAUUAAAUCAUCUUGAAGAGCCAUUAGAUGAACAAAGUGCUGAUGGUGCUUUUGGUUAUGUUGAACCACAACGUAUACCACCAGGUCGUGUAUCAUUACGUCAAUUUCUUACCUAUCUUCAAAAAUAUCGUGAUUCACCAGAAGAAUAUUCUAUUGAUCGUUUUGUUGAUAUGUAUACAAUUAAACCAGACAUAGCACAAAAACUUUUUAAAUAUCAUAGUUUAUUAGCAUUACAAGAAUUUUCUCGUCGACAAAGUACAGCACCAGCAAGACCACCACAUAUUGCAGCAAUUGAACUUAUGGGUAUUGAAGCUGAAGCAACUAGAAAACCAGGUCCUGAAACAGGCAUAACAUCGAAAUUUUAA